CCUCCGCAGCUGUCUCACAGUCCCCUCCCCCCCUCCGGCAGGUGUAAUGAGAGCGCUGGUCAUGGACAGAUGAUGGACGUGGAGACGUCGUACUCAGACUUCAUCAACUGUGAUCGCACAGGCCGCAGGAACGCAGUACCCGACAUCGCAGGGGAGGAGACAUCAGUGGCCAGCACCAGUGAACUCACCAAAGACCUGGCGGGGAUGGACCUGAAGGCUGCAGAAGGAGACCCGGGGGCCUCCCCAGCCCCUGCGGCGGAGGGCUCCACCAGCCAAGAUGCCCAGGGAAGCGGAGGCCCGUCCUAAACUCAGCCGGCGGAGACUGAUGGGGGCAGAGCCGAGGAGAGAGGAGUGGAAGCGGGUGAAAGUGGAGAACGGAAAGAGAGAGUGUUGUUUUGUCCCAACGAGACACGAGACACCUUCGCUCACUGCCGGCCUGGCUGCAGCUUCCACGGCCUUUUUAUUGGACCCUAUUGCAACAUGCGGAGCAGAACAGAGUCGAGGUGACGGCGGAGGCGCUUCCUCUUCAGACUCUGUUGGUCAUUUGUUUUCCCGACCGGACAAGAAAGCACAGAAACUCUGGAUUCACGUCUGUGGAGAUGGACUCAGCUGAACAGAGUUCGCUUAACUUCACUCAGACAUUGUUCCAGACUAAUAUGGAACCGUGUCAUCGAGUGAAUAUUCAUAAUCACCUACGUGUCAUUUUCUUUUUACGUCUGUGUGUGAGUUUGUGACCCCGUCGUUCGGUUUCAUCAGUCUCUCUUUUUCUUUUGUAACAAACAUAGUCGCAGUUAAACUGUCGUGUGCGGACUUCAUAUUUAUUGCUAAAUGUUCAGUGAUAACUUUGUGAUAGCAAUUUUCUUUGUGUAAUAAAAUAACUAUGAACUACUGCAA